AUGACUGCGUUAAAAAACGGCAUUGGCGCAUCCGCAGAUCAGAAGACCCGAUUCUUUCUUAUCAUUAUGCGGCUAAACCCAAAGUUUCUGCUGAGUCUCUGCGUGGCGGUGACACUGAUAACGUUCGCCCUUUGGGCGUACUGUGGCGUUGGUCACGGGCUGGUACCAAAGUGGCCACAGCACCAUGGAGACGGUAGGGAUCUCUUCGAGCAGACGGAGGAAAUCGAUUGUAUCAUUAAUCAGGAGUACGCGAUCGGGUGUCGCAAGGAGGGCGAUGAAGUGUAUCUGCCCUUUUCGUUCCUGCAGAAGUACUUUGACGUGUACGGGUCACUGAACGUGGUCGAUGGUAGCCGUAGGUUCGAUUGGACGCAUAGCUACGGCAAAGUUAACUAUCCCAAGGGAGGCUACGAUCCCCGUGGUAUCUUCAUGUACUUCGAAAACUACAACGUGGAGAUGCGCGAUCGCGUAAAGUGCAUCAGUGCACUCGAGGGCGUCCCGAUUUCGACGCAGUGGGAAAGCCAGGGUUACUGUUACGCCACGCAAAUUGCCCAGUUUGGACUCUCGCACUACAGUAAAAACCUGACCGAACCAGAACCACGCCGCAAGGUGGUCGAGGAUGGGGAUCGUGAAAUGGCCGCCUGGAUCAUACCGAAAGGUAGCUCGCUGAAUAGAACGAUCGAUCCGAUCGUCGCGAGGGCGUUAGGACGAUUGACGGGAGCGAACAUGGUGUUGACAUUCUCAACCGGCAAGUCUUUCGAUACUGCGCUCGUCCUGCCGAUGGAUCAUGUGCUGGAUUUGGUACUGAGCGUAGACGUGCUGCUGAAACCGAACUCAACCCUUUGCGUGACGCUGCAGAACCGGGAAACACAGAAGCUGUACCACGUGUACUACAUUCUUGCCGAUCUCCUGAUCGGUGUGCAGGAUGAGAACAUUUACUACGGCAUCGGUCUAAACAGUACCGGAGCGUGGAAGCGUUUGACACGUGAUCUGUUUGUGGAUCUGCAGAAGGGUUUGCCACAGUACGUGACCACGGACAAGCGGCGCAAGAUGCGGCGCACUGAGUUAAAGGUGGUGGAAGUGUCGUUACUCGGCAACGGUAGUAUCGAUAAUUUGACUCUUUCGACGAGUGAACAUAUUGCACAUUUUUAUGAUGCGGCCGAGUGGUUGAUACGGCACCAGGAUCCGAGCAGCGGUGGAUGGCCUAUUCCAGUGCGAAGAAAAUUGGGCUCUGGGUUCGGUGAGCUGGCGCGCGGAUGGUACUCCGCAAUGGCUCAGGGCCACGCCAUUUCGCUACUGGCCCGCGCUUACUACCAUUCGCGGGGUGACCAACGCUUUCUGCGGGCGGCUCUCGACGGGUUAAAGCUCUUUCGGAUACCGUCCUACCAGGGCGGGGUGCUGGCAACUUUUCUGGGGAAGUACGCCUGGUACGAGGAGUACCCAACGACACCGCACUCCUUCGUGCUGAAUGGCUUCAUCUACUCGCUACUGGGACUGUACGAUUUGAAUUCGACCGCACCAGCAAACCAAUCGAACGAAGCUGCGAUGCUGUUUGAGCAAGGCAUGACGAGUCUGAAGAAGAUGUUGCUCCUGUACGAUACCGGAUCGGGCACGAGCUACGAUUUGCGCCACUUUACGCUCGGAAUUGCACCAAACUUAGCCCGAUGGGACUAUCACGCAACGCACGUCAAUCAACUGCUACUGUUGGCUACCAUCGACCCUGAUCCGCUGAUCAUCCAGACGGCUGAACGGUGGAAAAACUACAUGAUAGGUAAACGCGCUCAGCACAAUUAAAACCCGGCGCGGACAAGCGUGAAACGGGAACGAUUUGGAACCACUUUUCACUGGGGUUUCCCAUUCCUAGACCUAUAAUCUUCUCCACUUCCAUUUUGAAUGCCUUACACAAUGUCGAAAAAACACAUAUGGGAAACAUAAACCUAGGAUCGUUAGCUCGCGGGCACUGUAGAGUCAUCAGCGUAGAACCGAGUCAAAGGACGGCAAAGAAAGAACGAAUUAGGACAGAAGAACUGAUGGUUGAAGUGGUAGUAUUAGCAGUAAUAGUAGUAUACCUAGUAGUGAUGGAACUUGCAGCACCCGUUUGGCAUUCGUAUGACGCGGUGACGGGUUGGCUGGCGGUGAUCGCUGUUCGCGAUAUCCGAUCUCCUUGUGCCCAGUCGGUGAGCAGUAUCAUCUUUCUAAAGUAUUGGCAAACGGAAGAGAUCACUUACUCGUGAUAUUAUCGGUACCUUUAGCGUAAGUGGUGUUGUAAAUAUGUAACCCGUUCUUUCCAAUUUUACUGGCUAGAACUUGUAGAGCGCCUUUCGAUCGAAAGAGUGAACGACUCGCUGCACACUUCU